AUGCGACCCUUGUCAUGGAAGUUGAAGGGUUGCAGCUGCGGCUUCUACUCGGAGGUCGAUGCAAACGGACGUGGCGAUCACUCUGUGGCGUCAGAGGAUGUCGGACCAUCCCAGAGUAAAUGGGAGUGGCUGCCUCUGCAACACUCUAAGACUAUGCACAAGGACGGAAGCAAACUCGUCAACUUGACUGAGGACGAGGUGCAUAGUCCCAUCGCGUAG